AUGGGAAUUCUAGCCUUAAUUUCUCCUCCAAAACCAAUCUUUCUUCAUAAAUCCAAACAAACCCACCUCUCACCCCCCAAAUCCCACGCAUUUGAACCCAAAGAAACAAUUGCAAGACGCAUAAAACUAUCCAUUUUUCAGAACUCAAGAACUAUAGCCGUUUUAUUUGGAGCUGCUGGGAUUGCCUUAACCACUAUCGUGGGACCCACAGCUGCUGCCGAGUCACCAUUGUUCAAUGAGCCCGCCAAUGCUCUCUCUUUACCCACCUGGGCUAUUCACGUUUCUAGUGUUGUUGAAUGGAUUACUGCAAUGGCUUUGGUUUGGCAAUAUGGGGAGAAAUCUGGAUUUGAAUCUUGGAAGGGUCUCUCUUGGGGUAUGGUACCCUUGCUGGGUGGAGCAUUUUGCGCUUGUACAUGGCAUUUCUUUUACAAUUCAGAGGCCCUUGAGGUCUUGGUAGCUCUUCAAGCAGCUUUGACACUCCUUGAAGACUUUGUCCCAUUGGAACAAUUGAAUGCAUACUAUUCUAUGGAGGCACAACGAGAGUUCCUAUUCGAAGGGAACAAUACUGGGAGUCAUAUUCUCCUUGUGAAUGGUUGA